CGCCUUACAGAGGGGAGUGGCUCCAAAUAACCUCCUCUCUGGCUCCUACUGCCUACUCAAGAGUCUUUUUUUCCUACUCAAAGGCGAAGUAUGGAAAAAACUUUUCGAGAAAACAUGGCGGAGGAGUGAAGACUUGUUUGAACAAGCUGUGGGCUUUGUUUUGGAGUUGUAGGACAUGUUGCCGCUUUGCCGUCUCGUCGCUCGCGCAUUUUAAAGGAUGGAGGCCUCGUGUCUGGAGCUGGCGCUGGAGGGAGAGCGUCUGUGUAAGACAGGUGAUUACCGCGCAGGUGUCUCCUUCUUCGAGUCUGCCAUCCAGGUAGGGACGGAGGACCUGCAGAUCCUCAGCGCCAUCUACAGCCAGCUGGGCAACGCCUACUUCCACCUGCAGGACUACACCAAAGCGCUCGAGUUCCACCGCCAUGACCUCACUCUUACCCGAACGAUUGGAGAUCAGCUGGGUGAGGCCAAAGCUAGCGGGAAUCUCGGGAACACGCUGAAGGUUCUGGGUCGGUACGACGAGGCGGCGGCUUGUUGCCAGAGACACCUGGAUAUUUCUAGAAUGCUCCAUGACAAGGUGGGGCAGGCACGAGCGCUGUAUAAUUAUGGGAAUGUGUACCACGCCAAGGGGAAGAACAUAUGUUGGAGUGGGACAGACCCAGGAGAGUUUCCAGAGGAGGCGCGCAUCGCUCUAAAGAAAGCUACAGAGUAUUAUGAAGCCAAUCUGUCCAUCGUGAAAGAGCUGGGGGACCGUGCCGCACAAGGACGAACGUACGGCAACCUGGGGAACACACAGUACCUGCUGGGGAACUUUGAGAAUGCUGUGCUGGCUCACGAACAGCGUCUCCUCAUCGCUAAGGAGUUCGGUGACCGGGCUGCCGAGAGGAGAGCUUACUGUAACCUGGGAAACGCUUACAUCUUCCUGGGCCAGUUCGAGGUGGCAGCUGAAAACUACAAACGCACAUUACAGCUGGCUCGGCAGCUGAGGGACCGGGCGGUGGAGGCUCAGGCCUGUUACAGUUUGGGCAACACGUACACACUGCUACAGGACUACGAGAGAGCCAUCGACUACCACCUCAAACACCUCAUCAUCGCUCAGGACCUCAAAGACAGGAUAGGAGAAGGGAGAGCUUGCUGGAGUUUAGGGAACGCCCACACGGCUCUGGGAAACCACGAACAGGCCUUACACUAUGCCGAGAAACAUCUGGAGAUUUCCAAAGAGAUCGGAGACCGUAGCGGAGAGCUGACAGCCAGAAUGAAUGUUUCAGACCUGCAGCUGGUGUUGGGUCUGAAACAGAACCACACCACUAGCCACACAGACGGCCACAUGGACAUUAACAGUCAAACAGGAGCGAAACCCAGGUCGGGACGGAGACACAGCAUGGAGAACAUGGAACUCAUGAAACUUAGCCAAGAGAAGAGCCCUGGGCCAGUGAGCGAUGAGGACGUCUCCCCCAAGCAGUCCAAAUCUUCCCCCAUAGCCAAGACGUCGUCCAAACUCUUCUUCAUCAGUCGCUUUAAGGGGAAGAAACAGAAAGCCAAUGGAGCAAGUCCAACGAAAAUGCCGCAGAGCCAGAAUAGCUCUCCUCGUACGCCCGAGCUGGAUCCCAAGUAUGCUCCGGACACUCUGGGAGACGAGGGCUUUUUCGACCUGCUCACUCGCUUUCAGGGAAACCGCAUGGACGACCAGAGGUGCUCCUUACAGGGCGGCUUAAGCCGUGGCUCCUCCCCCUCCCCUUGUGACACCCCACCCAUAGCUGUGAGAAAACCUAUUUCUGCGUCCGAAGAGGCGGCUUCGGCUCAGCCUGGCCACUUCCUGGACUUGCUGGCCAGCUCCCAAGGCCGGCGACUGGACGAGCAGCGGGCGAGCAUGGGGACACUGCCGGGUUUACUGCUGGACCAAAACAACAGCCAGGCCGUGCUGAGCCAGCUCAUAGCCAGCGCUGACAGCAAGGAGCCGGACGACGACUUCUUCGACAUACUCAUUAAGUGCCAGGGUUCCCGACUUGACGACCAGAGGUGUGCUCCUCCGCCUCCCCCGACGCGAGGCCCCACUGUCCCGGAUGAAGACUUCUUCAGCCUCAUCCUGCGCUCGCAGGCCAAACGCAUGGAUGAGCAGCGCGUCAAUCUGCCCUCCGACCCCGGACCCACGCCACUAAACCCUGACUGAAGCCACGUGCCUGAUCAAGCACGAUAAUACAGACUUGUGAAAUCACCCAGUUCUUCCCAACCAGCAGGAAAAAAAAAAAGAACACAAAACUGGAAGCCAUAAAUCAUCUCGGAGUUGGCCUUGUGGCGUCUGGGUCAGUUCUGUUUCUCACUAUAUAAACAUGAAGGAGUGUUAAAGGACAUCUGAGUACGGCUGCAGGUCAGUACGGCAUCGGCCCAUUUCUACACUGCAAACAGUAAACACAGCUAAACAUAGCUAGUUGUAGUUUUGGCGCUAAUAUUGCGUAGUGUUGCUGUACUGCAUCAGUGGGAAAUGUUCUUUCUUUUGUAUAAGUUUUAUUCGGGAUCAGAACGAAGCCGACGUCUCGUCCUCAGGGUUCCAAUAUUAUACACUGACUUUGAUCUCAUGUUCAUAUUCGGCUCUCCCGAGGGGUUCCUGGCUGUUCCAAACUGUUGUUGCGGAGGGGAAGUGACAUCAUACGCUUUUUUUUUAUUAUUAUAUUUCAUAAGGCUGUAUAAAGCUAAAAACAGUUACUAUUCUUGGAGGUUUUUUAAAUUGUUUUAGAAACAAACAGGUACUUGAAAAGGCGUUUUUGUCUUUAUAAACUUUGGUGAGAAAUGAAUUAUGUUUAGUUGCUUGUCUGUUUUUACAUCAUAUUUUACGUGACACCGAUAAUAAAAACUGAGCUUUAAUCAAGA